UCCCACGCUUUUUAUUUCACUCGGUUCUUCUUCCUCUCUUCCAAUCUGAAUUUCGAAGCAACGCAAAAAAUGGCGGACCCUAAAACCAGAGCUCAACUCGCCGGAGGAAUGACCGCCACCGACUCAUGGCUCAGAAAGCACCGUCUCAUCUACACGGAGGCCACACGCCAUCCUUUCGUCCUCACCAUUCGCGACGGCACCGUCGAUCUCUCCGCCUUCAGAAUCUGGCUGGAACAGGAGUGCGAAUUUCUAAGAUCAUUCGCGGCAUUCGUCGCAAGUGUGUUAGUGAAAGCAUGGAAAGAAUCGGACGAUCGUGCAGAUGAGGAAGUGAUUCUCGGGAGUUUAGCAUCUCUUAAUGACGAAUUCGCGUGGUUCAAGAAAGAAGCCCUAAAACGAGACAUCAAUUUGACUGAAAUUGUUCCUCAGAAAGCCACGGUUGGCUAUUCCAGGUUUCUGGAGAGUUUGAUGAGGCCGGAAGUGGAAUACACGGUGGCGAUAACGGCGCUUUGGGGGAUAGAAGCGGUGUACCAUGAGAGCUUUGCGUAUUGCUCUGAAGAAGGAACAAAAACGCCAUUGGAAUUGAGAGAAGCUUGUGGAAGAUGGGGGAAUGAAGGAUUUGGGAAGUACUGUAAUAGAUUGAAGGAGAUUGCGGAUAGGAGAUUGGAAAUGGGGAGUGGAGAAGUGAGUAAAAAAGCAGAAGUGGGAUUGUUGAGAGUUCUUGAAUAUGAAGUUGGGUUUUGGAAUAUGAUCCGCCCUCCUCCGCACCGCACUGCUCCGGUCGUCGGAGGGGUUUAAAUGAGAAAAAAAGAAAAAGUUUAAAUACUAUUUUGCGUUUGUAAUGCGAGUUUUAUUACAAUAUGUCUAAUUUUAGUCAAUGACUAAAUUAUAUUAUAAAUACGUUAAAUUAUAUGUGAUA